CCCAUUGGUGGAUCAGGAAGUCAGUCUAGUAGCUCACGACCUGCAUUUUAAAUAUUGAAACAGAACAGAAAAUAUCAGAGUGUGUGGCAAUAAGUAGGGCUCAUCUGCCAACAGUGAUGCCCAGCCCUUGAUGUAACUUGAGCCACCUUCUCUAAACAAGAUGGCAGUGGGGAAACUGGCCUAGUCCCUGAACCCAUGAGGGGUGAGACCCCUUCUGGUCCAAAGAUGAGAAACAUCACUGUGGAUAAUUCCUCGCUGAGCUGCACCAUUGACCACACCAUCCACCAGACGCUGGCCCCGGUGGUCUACAUCACGGUGCUGGUGGUGGGCUUCCCGGCCAACUGCCUGUCCCUCUACUUCGGCUACCUGCAGAUCAAGGCCCGGAACGAGCUGGGCGUGUACCUGUGCAACCUGACGGUGGCAGACCUCUUCUACAUCUGCUCGCUCCCCUUCUGGCUGCAGUACGUGCUGCAGCAUGACCACUGGUCGCACGGGGACCUGUCCUGCCAGGUGUGCGGCAUCCUCCUGUACGAGAACAUCUACAUCAGCGUGGGCUUCCUCUGCUGCAUCUCCAUCGACCGCUACCUGGCCGUGGCCCACCCCUUCCGCUUCCACCAGUUUCGCACGCUGAAGGCGGCCGUGGGCGUCAGCGUGGUCAUCUGGGUCAAGGAGCUGCUGACCAGCGUCUACUUCCUCAUGCACAAGGAGGUGAUCGAGGACGAGGACCGGCACCGAGUCUGCUUUGAGCACUACCCGAUCGCGGCCUGGCAGCGCAGCAUCAACUACUACCGCUUCCUGGUGGGCUUCCUCUUCCCCAUCUGCCUGCUCUUGGCCUCCUACCAGGGCAUCCUGCGGGCCGUGCGCCGGAGCCACGGCACCCAGAAGAGCCGCAAGGACCAGAUCCAGCGGCUGGUGCUCAGCACCGUGGUCAUCUUCCUGGCCUGCUUCCUGCCCUACCACGUGCUGCUGCUGGUGCGCAGCCUCUGGGAGGCCAGCUGCGAGUUCGCCAAGAGCAUCUUCAACGCCUACCACUUCUCCCUGCUCCUCACCAGCUUCAACUGCGUGGCGGACCCUGUGCUGUACUGCUUCGUCAGCGAGACCACCCACAGGGACCUGGCCCGCCUCCGCGGAGCCUGCCUGGCCUUCCUCACCUGCUCCAGGACCAGCCGGGCCAGGGAGGCCUACCCGCUGGGCGCCCCGGAGGCCUCUGGGAAAAGCGGGGCCCAGGGUGAGGAGCCUGAGUUGUUAACCAAGCUCCACUCGGCCUUUCAGAGCCCCAACUUGCCCAGAGUGGGAGGGUCCCCCACGGGCGGGCUGGCCUAGCCGGGUCACCCACGUAGGGGCUACCUGAGCCCGGAGCCUUUAGCCCAGGGGCCUGUGGUCCUGAGCUUGCUCGCAGGCCGCCUCCGCUUCCACGUGCAGGUGCCUCUUUCUGCUGGGGGGAAUGGUGGGCCUGGGCCGCAGCCCCGAAGCCUGCUCUAGCUGGCCGAGCCCAGGGGCCCUGUUGAGUGUGGGAAUA